CACUCUCUCUCUCUCACACACACACUCUCUCUCUCCCUACAAAAUUCAACAAAUCUUUUUAUAUUUCUUUAAUCUCUCUCUUGAAGCUCAUGAUCCAAAACCAAAAGUCAAGCAUGCAGAUAGCUCUUUCUCACUCUCACCCUUUAGGGUUCCAAAACCUCUAAAACAUAAUCUCUCUCUCACACACACACCCACCACCAAGAAACCAACUUUCUCAUUUUCUUGUCAUUUUUCUUGCUUUCACUUCAUAUCUUGAAAACCCUAGAUCAUCUUUUUGAUGCAUCUGUUCAACAAUUUCGAAAAAAGAUUCAAUCUUUGAAGUGGGUUUAGGUUCUUGAAUCAUAAAGUUGGUUCCUUUAUUUAAAAAAAAUUAGUGAAGUAAAAUUUCAUGAGUUUUGGGGGUUUUCUUGAUAACAGUCACGGCGGCGACGGCGGUGGUUCCGGUGCCAGAAUCGUCGCCGAUAUUCCCUAUAACAUGUUCUCCAAAUCAAUGUUCUCUUCCCCCGGUCUUUCACUUGCUCUUCAAACGACGAUGGAGGGUGGUGGUGGAGGAGGUGGAGGUGGUGGUGAGGUUGGAAGAAUGCCGGAAAGUUACGAGACCGGCGGUGGUGGCGGCGGUAGACGGAGCCGUGAAGAGGAGCAUGAGAGUAAAUCCGGUAGUGAUAACAUGGACGGUGGUGGCUCCGGUGACGAUCCUGACGGCGAUGACGGAAAACCACCGAGAAAAAAAAGAUACCACCGUCAUACUCCUCAACAAAUUCAAGAACUUGAAGCAUUGUUUAAAGAGUGUCCUCAUCCUGAUGAUAAGCAACGUUUAGAGCUUAGCAGAAGAUUAUGUUUAGAGACAAGACAGGUCAAGUUUUGGUUCCAAAAUCGUCGUACCCAGAUGAAAACACAAUUAGAGCGGCACGAGAACUCGAUUCUCCGGCAAGAAAAUGACAAGCUUCGAGCAGAAAACAUGUCGAUUCGAGAGGCAAUGCGGAACCCUAGCUGCACGAAUUGUGGUGGGCCGGCGAUGAUCGGUGAGAUUUCGUUAGAAGAACAACAUCUUAGGAUCGAAAACGCUAGGUUAAAAGACGAAUUGGAUCGGGUUUGUGCGCUUGCCGGAAAGUUUCUUGGUCGCCCGGUGUCGUCGAUGACUCCGCCUAUGCCGAACUCGAGUUUGGAGCUUGGAGUUGGUGGACACCAGUUCCACCAACUCCAAGGCGGAGGUAGUGGCGGAGUGCUUAGUUCAAGCACCUCGCCACUACCUUUAGGGCCACCAGAUUUCGGUGUGGGGAUUUCUAGUGCAUCGUCGGUUGUACCGUCGUCGAGAGCGAGUAACAACAUGAUGGGGAUGGAUCAUUCUCUAGAGCGAUCGAUGUAUCUCGAGCUCGCCUUGGCUGCUAUGGAUGAGUUGGUUAAGUUAGCCCAAACCGAUGAGCCGCUUUGGCUCCGGUCUUUGGAAACGGGCCGUGGAGUUAUGAACCAUGACGAGUAUUCUAGGGUCGUUACACCGUGUAUCGGGUUAAAGCCGAAUGAUUUCGUUUCCGAGGCUUCAAGGGAGACCGGAAUGGUGAUCAUCAAUAGCUUGGCACUUGUUGAAACUCUAAUGGAUUCGAACAAAUGGGCCGAAAUGUUUCCAUGUAUGAUUGCUAGAAGUUCAACAAUGGAUGUGAUUUCAAAUGGUAUGGGAGGAACAAGAAACGGUGCACUUCAAUUGAUGCACGCGGAGCUACAAGUUCUAUCACCAUUGGUCCCGGUCCGUGAGGUCAACUUUCUCCGCUUUUGCAAGCAACACGCGGAGGGUGUGUGGGCGGUGGUUGAUGUGUCAAUCGAUACAAUUCGAGAUGGCCAACCGGCGUAUUUGAGCUGUAGAAGGCUUCCUUCUGGUUGUGUUGUUCAAGAUAUGCCUAAUGGUUACUCUAAGGUUACGUGGGUGGAGCAUGCCGAAUACGAUGAAAAUGCUGUUCACGAGCUUUACCGACCGUUGAUUCGCGCCGGGAUGGGGUUCGGUGCACAACGAUGGGUUGCUGCCCUACAACGACAAUGCGAGUGCCUUGCGAUUCUCAUGUCAUCUGCAGUACCUACUCGAGAUCACACCGCGAUAACGGCUAGCGGGAGGAAAAGCAUGUUGAAACUAGCACAACGAAUGACGGAUAACUUUUGUGCUGGUGUGUGCGCGUCAACGGUGUACAAAUGGAACAAACUGUGUGCAACUAACGUUGAUGAAGACGUACGGGUCAUGACCAGACAAAGCGUUGAUGACCCGGGUGAGCCUCCGGGCAUUGUUUUAAGCGCGGCUACCUCGGUUUGGUUGCCUGUCUCUCCUCAACGACUGUUUGAUUUCCUUCGCGAUGAACGGUUAAGAAGCGAGUGGGAUAUCUUAUCCAACGGUGGACCCAUGCAAGAAAUGGCUCAUAUAGCCAAGGGCCAGGAUCAUGGCAACUGUGUCUCUCUUCUCCGAGCUAGCGCAAUGAAUGCUAACCAAAGCAGUAUGUUGAUUCUACAAGAAACAUGUAUCGAUUCGGCAGGAUCGCUGGUGGUGUAUGCUCCGGUUGAUAUUCCAGCGAUGCAUGUGGUGAUGAAUGGCGGUGAUUCGGCUUAUGUUGCUCUUCUGCCAUCAGGGUUUGCGAUAGUACCUGACGGGCCAGGUGACCGUGGUGUGUCCGAGACAGAUAACGGUGGUGGCAGGGCUGGUGGAUCUCUUUUGACCGUAGCGUUUCAGAUCCUUGUGAAUAGCCUUCCUACUGCUAAGCUUACGGUGGAGUCGGUUGAGACGGUUAAUAAUUUGAUAUCGUGUACUGUUCAGAAGAUCAAAGCAGCCAUUGCAUCUGAGAACUAGUUUAUGGUGUUUUAGGGUUUUCUCGGGUGGUAUGUUGGCCGGGGUAGUGUUCGACGGUGGUGAAAUGUGAAUGAUAGUUUUUUUAAUGAUUUUUUUGAACGAGUCAAGAACGAACCGUGCUUGACAACCCUUGCUUUGUUGUAAGAAUCAGUAGGGUGUGUGAUUUUUACUGCGAAGCAAAGGUGGUGGUUCGGGCAUUGACUCGGUCAACCCUGUUUGAUAAGCCGGGUUGGAUUAUAAUGGGUCGUGUUAAAUGUGUCAUGACGGGUGUUUUCAGGUUUUGUUUUUUUUUUUUAUUUAUUUUUUUUUUGUUAAUUUGUAUGAAAGCUUACUCAUGUGCUUUUGAUAUUUUAUGGUUUAUCCUUUAUUUGUGGAUUGUUAAUAUAUCUGCUAAUUUUGUGC